CCCCUCAAGCCGGGACCAAUAGACUACCCAAAGGGCCAGCUGAGCGCCUUGCUGCCCCCGCCCCCGCCCCCGCCUCUGCCCGCGACCCGCCCGCGCCCCGCCCCCGCCUCAUCUUACCCUGCGCGGCCCGGCUCGCCAGCUAAAGCGCCGCGCUCUCCAGACCCUUCUUCUCGUCCUUUGCUCUUCUCAGCAUCUCGCCAGCUCAGGGGCGGUAGCAGCCCGGGAGGCAGCCAGCGGUGGGAGGAAGCGGCUUCAAGGAUGAAGUGCAAGCCAAACCAGACGCGCACCUACGACACGGAGGGGUUCAAGAAGCGGGCGGCGUGCCUGUGCUUCCGGAGCGAGCUCGAGGACGAGGUGCUGUUAGUGAGUAGCAGUCGGUACCCCGACCGCUGGAUCGUGCCGGGCGGGGGCAUGGAGCCCGAGGAGGAGCCGUGCGGUGCGGCGGUCCGAGAGGUGUACGAAGAGGCGGGAGUGAAGGGGAAGUUAGGCCGGCUCCUGGGCGUAUUCGAACAGAACCAAGAUCGCAAGCACAGAACGUACGUGUUUGUACUGACCGUCACUGAGCUGCUGGAGGAUUGGGAAGAUUCGGUUAGCAUUGGGAGGAAGCGAGAGUGGUUCAAAAUCGACGAUGCCAUCAAGGUUCUCCAGUGCCACAAGCCCGUGCAUGCCGAAUAUCUGGAAAAACUAAAGCUGGGUGGUUCCCCAACCAAUGGAAACUCCGUGGCCCCGUCCCUGCCUGAUAGCGAUCCCUAGUGAAUGGCAUAGAUGUUGUUCAGAUUUACUUUGAAAGAAUCAAGUAUGUAAACCCAGUGAUGGAUGGAAUUUUGAAGCACAGGUGAGCUCUUUCACACUCCCAAGAACACAGCUCAUCCUAUGCUUUUGGAUGCUUCUUUCCUAUAUUACAUUGACUUUCUCCAGGUUGUUGCACUACUACUGUAUCUGUAUAGAAUUUGGCACCUGUGGCCUUUUUUUGUGCUGUUACAAUUAUGUAUCUGUAUUUAUCACCAGGUUAUAUGACCUUGAAGGCAGGGAACUUGUUUCCGUAGUUUUUUAUAUAUCUAACAUAAAUGACAUUGCUUAAAAUAUGGUAGACAUCACUAAGGAUUUGUUUAAAAAAUUAAUAUUUUGUAAUGAUACUGAGUGUAAAACUUUCCCCUUCUAAUCUGUGUAGCAUAUAUGUGCUUCUUAUAAACUAGGUGUCAUGCAACUGUUUCAAGGCAGGUGUGAGACAUUAGAAAGCAAAAAUUCUUACUCAUAUGUCUGUGUCAUCCUAGACAUUAUAUGCCUCCAGAUGGCAGUGUAUGACAUCACCUAUAAAAUAUAUUUGCAAAGCUGAACACAGUAGUACAUGUCUGUAGCCCCAGCUACAGGAGGCUGAGGUGGAAGGAUCACUUGAGCCCAGGAGUUAAGUCUACCCCGGGUAACAUAGUGAGACCCCAUCUGUUGUGUAUUUGCCAGAAAUUUGAAUCUAAAUUUGAUCAUGUCUCUAGAAAUGGAAACAAUUUCUAAUCUAUAGAAAAUAGAGGAGACAGAAACAUAAUUAUUCUACACCAUAGAAAUCAGAUCAGUAGAAUACAGACUGCAGGAAACUCUACAAAUGAUCCAGUUGCUUCAGUAAAUACCAGGAUGAAAGCAAGAGAUGGAGGACUGAAGAGACUUAAGAAACAUAUUAACCAAUUGUAUAGAUCUUAUUUGGAUCCUGAUUUGAUUAAACUGUAAAAAGAAUACAUUUAUGAGACAAUCAGAGUAAUUUGAACAUUGACUGGAUGACUUCAUAUUUGAUCUUAGUUGGGAUAAUGGUAUUGUGGUUAUGUUGGAUAUUAGUCCUCAUAUACAUUCUCAGAUAUUUACCGUUGAAAUGAUGUCUGGAAUUUGAUGGUAUGUUGGAGAUACUAGUGAAAGAAGAUUGGCCUUGAUAACUGUUGAAGCUGGAUGAUGGUUAAAAUAA